CGGGGGGCGCGGCCGGACCCGCCGGCCCCGCAGCCGGCUCGGCAGCCGGCUCCCUCGGGCACCUGGAACGCCGCUGCGUAUUUUGUAAUGUCAUUCUGGGUGCCCAAUCUGGAAAUCAGGAUCUAAUCUAUAGAAGAAUUAGAUGAUUGCUUCUGAAGCCAAAGGACUUUUAAUGCUUGCUUGCUGUAGAGACUGUGCCAGCCUCAACCUGCUAGUGUCUGGAGACAUUUCUGAGCCAGGAAAUGAACCCAGGAAGUAAUGUGAAAGGACAUGUGAAGCUCUGUCAUAGCAGAAACUUUCUAAAAGAUUGCUUUACCUGCCCCCAUUAGGUACUGGAAGGUUGCUCCAAGAUCUCCUUUGAGGAUUCUCCAGGCUGAGCAGCCCCAACUCUGAGCCUGUCUUCAUAGGAGAGGUGCUCCAGCCCUAUGAUCAACUUACCUUGUUCUAAUCUUUCCUGCCUUGGAGCCCCUGAGCUGGAUGCAGCCCUCCAGAAUUUCAGAAAUUGAGAAGGGAUAAGUGGAAGGAGAAAAUGUUGGGCUGGUGCCAAGCGAUAGCUCGUAACCCUCACAGACUUCCAAACAGCACAAGAACACCCGAGGUCUCAGGUGAUGCUUCACAUAACUCUACUUUGAAUGACAAAUCCCCAGGGCGUUCCACAAGUCGAUCAAGUAAUAUUUCAAAGGCAAGCAGUCCUACAACAGGAACAGCUCCCAGGAGUCAAUCUCGGUUGUCUGUCUGCCCCUCCACUCAGGACAUUUGUAGAUCUACUGCCUUGCAUGAUUUGUCAGAAGAUGAACUUGAACAUGCAACCCCUGUCAUGGUGCUGGCCCCUUCUAAUAGGGAGCCUGGUGGUAAGAAACACAUAAAACGAAGGUUUAGGAGGAAAAGAGAGACUGGAGACAAUGGUGAGCACACAGAAAAGCAAGGAAAGGGGAGAAACUGUAAGUUGCAUCCCGAGCCUCCGAGAUCCAGCUGGAACACAUCUGAUUCAUCAUCAUCUUCAGAUGAGAGUCAGUGGGCUCAGGCUAGGAGGAGAGCAAGAGAAAAGGCCAGGAUGGCCAGGAGAGGGAGAAGAAACAAUAGAUCAUGCAGUAACCAGGAUGUGUCCUCAAACAAUAAUGCUGUUGAACUUGUCACCUUGGGGACAGUGGGAAAAGAGAAACAAGAAGUGUCUGACCCUGAGAAUCCUACUUUAAAUCACCGCCGAAGGAUUCCAAAGCUUAAGGAGUCACAGUCUUCAGCAUCAUCUCAGGAAGCAAGGAUUUCCUCAAGAAAAUGUGGGAAAAGCAAAGGGAAAAGCUACCAGAGAGAUCGGCAGCCUGCAGCUUUCCUUAGACACACGAAGGACUCCUUUGCAGAGGCAGGCUCUGGCAGCGAUGCUCUGGCAGUCCCAGACCAUGGAGCACCUGCUGGGGCAGGGCCCACUGUGCCUCAUGCUGUUCAGAAGCCUCCAGUGUUGUAUGAUGACUGGUCUGAUGAUUUAGAAGUAUGCAGGAUCUGUCACUGUGAGGGGGAUGAUGAAAGCCCCCUCAUCACGCCGUGUCGCUGCACGGGGACCCUGCGCUUUGUUCACCAGGCCUGCCUGCACCAGUGGAUUAAGAGCUCGGACACGCGCUGCUGCGAGCUCUGCAAGUACGACUUCAUCAUGGAGACCAAGCUCAAGCCUCUCCGGAAGUGGGAGAAAUUACAGAUGACAACAAGUGAGAGGAGAAAAAUUGUGUGUUCAGUCACAUUCCAUAUAAUCGCAAUUACCUGUGUUGUUUGGUCAUUGUAUGUUUUAAUUGACAGAACUGCUGAAGAAAUUAAACAAGGCAAUGAUAAUGGUGUUCUCGAAUGGCCAUUUUGGACAAAACUCGUUGUGGUGGCCAUUGGAUUCACAGGAGGCCUGGUCUUCAUGUAUGUGCAGUGCAAGGUUUACGUCCAGCUGUGGCGCAGGCUGAAAGCCUACAACAGAGUGAUCUUUGUUCAGAACUGCCCAGACACCAUCAAAAAACUGGAGGAGAAAAGCUCUCCGUGCACUCAGCCCUCGGAGGUGAAGGACGCGGUGGUGGUGCCAGUGGCACAGACAGGUACAAACUCUCAGCCGGCGGCGGAAGAGGCGACCUCGGAGGUCAUGCCAGUUUGACACGGACAGCGUUCCUUCUUCCUUGCAGAGUAAGCCGUAGUGUUUGCUACACUACAAAUGCUACAAGAAAGUAGAAAUGACUGUGCAUUUUUGCAGUUAAAAAAGACCCCAACCAAACAACAAAAAAAUACCCCGUACAAAAACCAAAACCGUACAAGGAAAAUGGAUCUAGCAAAGCAACUUGUUACUGUAUGGAAUGUGACCGUUCGUGACGUAGUUUUGCAGCUAGUCAGCAAGUGUAGUGAAAGUGGAAGUGUAGAAAGUGCAAUAGAGAACAGGUUUAACAGACAAUGCCAAACCAAUGUGACAAUGUACUUUUUUUUUCCUAACUGGGCUGGCUGGGAAAGUAGGAAACAGAAGUGAUACGAUGAUUUUGUUUACAGAAGACACAAAACCUUUCAUCUGUUUACUACUAAAAGUUGUAUUUGCUAUUUAUCUUUUCAAAGACACGCUUCAAAGGGUACCAAUCCAAGUUAUAGGCAUUAACAGAAGUACAGAGAGCUGUAUUUCAGCACUCCCUCUCUAAGCCUCGUACAGUAACACCUUCAUGUGACUGUAGCGGAGCCUGAGUGUUUGGGCAGCUGUGUCAACUACGGAUAUUUGAACCAGAUGUUUUUAAGUAUGGCUGGAUUUUUGAAAAGAAAGCAGUUCCAACCAGAAUAAACUCAUGUCUCUGUAAGCUACAGACAGUUUUGUUAAAUGUCAGAGAAGUACAGGAAGGAGAGAAUAUGUAGAUAUGCAUUUAGAAGAGCAGCUCCGCUGUGUAUUUUACUUUAUAGGAGGGAAUUAGGAAUAAAUUGGAUACACAAAUUAUUAAGGCAGAAUUGUAAACAAAAAAAAGGAAAAAAAAAAGCAGGUUACUGCAGAAUUACACAGAAGUAAAUUGUCUAUUAUCAAAGGUCUGAAAAAGGAUGACACAUACUGAAGAUGGAAGCUACUUUUGGUUUUAUUCUUUAAGAUUCAUGAUACAGAAAGGUAGAUAUAAGAGAACAUGCCUACCUACAUAUCUUAAGAAAACAUUAGUUUUUAUCUCCUUGUUCUAAAAAGCUAGUUUUUAUCUUCCUGACUGAAAAAAAAAAAAAUCAAUUGUUUCCUUCUGUACAGGUAAACUUAAGGUGUUAGAGAUUCAACAGUUGUUAAUUUCAUGUUUUGAGCACUGGCAUAUAAAAAUGAAGUGUGAAUAGCAUUAAAAGGUGCAAUAGAUAAAUGAAUGUAGAUAUAAUACUGUGUCCAACAGGGUGAAUUAUAUAUAAAAAACCAAAUUUGUGAUUCACUUUGCAAAACUGUGGUGUUUACUACAAGGACACAAGAGCAAGUAUUGACUCAGAGUAGUUAUGUACUGGUGUGGACAAGUCUGGGGCCUGAACAUAAUGUGUAUUUUAAAAAUAAGUUGAAAGUUCUUUUUUUAAUCUUGUAUUUAGUAAAGAAAGAAAAGCAAAAAGGCAAAUAAAGAAUCAGAUAAUGAGGAGGAGAGUAGAGAUUCACUUAAAGGAGAGGUAUGUGCCACACUUACAUGUCAACUAGAGUUCUACAGAAGCCUUGAAGUUUCUGCUGGUAAAUUUUCUCUUAAUACACUCAAAUAUUUACAGUGAAGUAACAGAAUCAUCCCAUUCUUGCAAAUAUCCAGGCUGCUGUGCCUAAGAUGUAUUGGAAUUUAUAUACUAGGUAUUCCUUUGUGAAUGUUUACUGGCUUAAGGCUCAGGGAAUACUAGAAGUAGCAGUGUUAGCAAGAAAUGUGUCUUUAAUCAGAUCAUUAUACUCUUUUGUAUUGGAAUUGCUCUUGUAAUUUGGCUGUGACUAAGUGAUUGUUAUCUGGCUAGACAGGACACAAAAUAUUGGUGCUUGAAUGGGUCCUCAAUACAUGUCAAUAUUUGCUGUAAGUUACUCCAGGUGAGUCGGAUUAACGUUGAAGUUUUUCAUGUAAUGGCACGCACUUUUUAUAUAAAAUAAUUUCCCAACUAUACAACUGCAACUUCCAAUUGUAGCAGCUUCUUAACUGAAGUAACAUACAAGAGAAACCAAAUCAUUUUUCCAUUUAAAAUUGUGGAGGAGCAGAAGGUCUUCAGAGCAUGAUGACACAGCUAAGGAAUGUUUGUAACUGCACAUGCUUAAAAUAGUCUGCAAUAGCAUGGUUUUCAAAAAGCUACCCAUUAAAAGGUAAAUCUCAUGAUAGCUGACACUUAAAAUUACUAACUGCAUCUAAAUAUUUGGAAGGAUGUUUACAAUAAACCUGUGGAAUCAGCAAAAUUAAUUGACAAUGAACAUUCUUAUGAAGGAUAAAUUAAGAACUUUCUGAAAUAAUAGUUUCUUACUAAGUGAAAGUAACCCUGCUUCUUUAGCCAGCUUGUUCUUUGACUGUCAUUGCACCAUGGCCCCACUGAAAGUACUUUAUCCUGUACUUUGUCAGCUUACUGGAAAGUAAUUCACACUGGGGUUUUUUUCUUGAACAAGUAUAAAAUUCACCUCGAAGAAGGAAAUACCUGAAGAUUCUGAAAGCAGAACUGUAGCAUUUUACAUUUUUUAAAAACACACUGAAGAGUCAGCAACAGAAAAAACAACGUGAAAAUUUUUAUACCAAUGCCUUCAAACACUGUUCUGGCACUCAAGUAACUAUAUAUGCAACUGAGUUUACAGUUAAAUAAAAGAAAGCAGAAAGACUUCAGUUGAAAUUCCUCCUCUCCCUUGGAAAUACUGAAUGUGGACAGCAGGAAAAGGAGCAAAACUGAACACUGUCUGCUGAGAUGGACAAUGAGACAAGUCACCAGCAAGAGAGAUUUGGCUGGCUUGAAGCAGCCUUUAACCUUUUAAAGCAUUACAGUGUUUGCCUGUGCAUCCCUUUCUCUUCUUAGAUGUAUUGAAUUUUCUGGAGCUUUCAGGGAUUUCAUGCAGGAUUGGAAUUUGUUCCUGAAGCAGGGUACAACCUCUUCAAGAGGGCAAGGAGCUAUUCAUACCACCAUGCCUUGGAUUCUGGUCUUCAGUAAUAAGGAAAGUACACAGAUAGAGAAACUAGACAGAUGCUUAUCAACCAAUACUUUUCCAUUCCCACACAAAGUACAAUUUUCUGUAUUAAUUUAUUAUCCACAGUAUUCUAUCCUGAAAAAAAAACCAAAACAACAAAUACACUAAACAGAACAGUAUACUGAAGGUUUUAAGAUGAAGUCUAAAGACUUUUUAAUGAAGAUGCUAUCUCAAAUAAAGAACCGUAUCAAAGUCCUGUGUAGCUACAGUGCAGCUCUGGCAAAUAUGCUGACAGUGGCAUUUGGCCUGGCUAAACCCACAAGGGCAGAACCUGGCUCUGAGCUGCCAUUAGCAAGAACAGCUUAAUCUGCAGUCUUGUUUAAACCUAGUUUUAAUAAAGGUAGGUAGAAGUAAUUUGGUGCAGGUCAGAGCUGGAAGUUUAAAAAAGAUACUCCUGUAUUCACUCCUGUGAACAUGCACAUUUCUUUUCCUGUUUUUAAGUUUCAAGCAUUAUAAAGUUUAUUUCAAACUGGCAUAAACAUACUACUUUUGACUAUCAGUAGCAUUACAAAGAUUCUUGACUAGUCCAACUGUGCCAUUCACACACUGCUCUGACAGUAGUGUUUAUUUUUGUUGUGUAGAAAAAAUAGUAAUUCCCCAUCUCCAGAGCAAACAGUUUAUAAUUUCCAAUAAUGCAAUGAAACUUACAUUCUGAUGAAAAUAUUUUACUGUAUAUAAUAUUCGGAACUACAAGUUUGUGUUAUUUGUUUAACUCCCUCUCUUUUGCAAAAGAAAAAGUGUAUGUUUUUGUGGGUGAAUGUGUACUGGAAGACAGAAGGUAAGGGAAACAAAAACAAUGUAUCUGCUUAAUGUUGUGAAAAAAUGUAUUUGUAUUAAACAAAUUACUCAAAGUA